AUGGAAAACCGUCGCUAUCUUCAACAUAAAAAUGAUGGAGAAUGGGCAGCUGUAAUCAAUGCUCAAGCCGCCACGACUAAAUUUUUGCAAGAAGAAGAAAAGCAGCUUCAAGCGCUUUCAAAAAAGCUUUACAAAGAGGAAUUAGACAGACAAAUUCGUGAAAAAGUUUCUAAUAAAAUGCAAACUGUUGAAGAACUCAAUAAAGAACGCCAAUUCUUGUCGGCACAACAAAUCGCCAUGCAAAAUUUUGAGGCAAGACGAAGAAAUGAAGAUAAAUCAUUUCAGGAUGUUUUUUCUAGCUCCCCCUCCGUGAGCGUAAAAAAAGUUUUGUUUGCUUAUGGGGGGUUGUUAAUUAUUUUUUAAAACAUUUAUAUGUAGAUUUUAUAGAUUUUUUAUUUUCCGAAAUUUAAUAAAAUCCAAAAAUUUAUAAAAUUUAUGUUUUAAAGUGCAAGCUGCUUAAAACUGAACAGAAUUAGCUAGUAAUUUCUUUAUAAUCAUUCUCACUUAUAUAUCAAAUAUUUUUUCAUAAAAAUUUUGAUUUAAAAAACCUUUUUUUUUUCUCUCAUUGCUAAAAAAAAAAAUGGUUUUGCUCACUCAUGAAAGGGGUAAAGAAUACUCAAAUGAAAUUAGUGAAAAACAAAGAAAAAUAAAUCAAGAGCGAGAAGCUGCUAUUGCUAAAGAACAAGAAAGAAUUAGAAAGGCACAGUUUGAUUUAGAGUUCGAGCAGCAGAGAAUGCUAGAAAAUAAGAUGAGAUCAGUGAGUUUAGAAAGAGAAGCCCUAAUGAAACAACAAGAAGAAAAAAGGCGACUCCAAGAAUUAAAAGAAGCUGAAAAAUACAAAGACAAAAUCGAAAUCGAAAGAAACAUGAAAGAAAUGGAAGCUAAAGAGCGAGCCUUUAGAGAUUUUUAUAAUAAAAGACUAGAAGAGCAAGAAAGGAAAUUUAGAAAUUACAGAGCUAUCCCAAACGAAAAAGGGGUAUAUGAAACAGAAAUGAGGAAUAAAGAAUGAGAAAGGAUUGUUUUAGAGCGCGCUGCUUUAAAAGAACAAUUUGAAAGAAAUAUGAAAGAUAAAGCCAUGAGUGACAUGAAAACCGAAUUAAAUCGACAAAUUGAAGCCAGAAAAAGAGAGAAAGAGCUUGAAUAUUUAGAGAGCAUAAGGGAACAAGAAAGAGCAAGAAAUAAUGCCAGACAAGUGGAGUUUCAAAGUGCGGUCGAAAAUGAAAGACGAUUGAGAGAAAAACGAGAACUUCAAGAAGCCUUAGAAAAGCAAUUAACUGAAAAGCAAAGGAAUUUUAGAACACAAGAAGAAAUGGAUGAAAUUGAAAAGAGAUACAACAUGAAUAUAUUAAAAAGCAUUGAAAAGCAAAAUAAAAUUGCUUUUCCUGGGGUCCCUGGAAUUCAUAGUACUGAAUCACCAAUAAAGCAGCAAUUCGCUAAGGUUUACCUUAAUAAGGGAUAUGAAACCGCAGAAUCUUCAGAGAGAAUCUCACUCCCCCCCCUCGAAGUUCGACCAAGAUAUAGGGAAAAUUCCUAUUUUUUAGGAAAAUUAACCCCCCUCAAAGUUCGACCAUGACCUAUAUAAAUUUACUAGGAAAAUAAGCAAUUUUUCAAAAAUUUUAAACUAUGUGGGGGUGAGCUUGCGAUUUUUGUAUUCAAGUUCUAAAAAGCGUUACAAAACCAUCUUGCACUAUUUUUUCUAACCCUUACACCCUCUCAACCAUACAGAAGAAUAUGAUAAAUAUUUUUUUUUUUUUAACUACUAAAUUAUAUAAAAAAAAUUCUAUAUAAUUUUUUUUUUAAAAAAAUUUUUUCUUAACCCCCCUCGAAGUUCGACCAAGAUUUUUUUGGUCGAACUUCGAGGGGGGUAGUCAGUGAAUCAAUCAUACGAAAAUGGAAGGAGGGUGUCUAGAUCAGUUGGUGGAGAUCCUGUAAACCGUAGGAAUGUUUUUUAUUGGCCUGACCCUAAUCAGCAUAAUCCAAUCACAAAUCCUAUAGGAUCUAAUGCGCCACGAAUUAUGCCAGGUCAAAGACUUCCAAAGGGAAAUAAUGGUUCUCGCUCAAAACUUGCUGUUGCUGCUAAUUCUAUAUUUGGAUAA